AUGGACAUGAUCUCAACCGCACACGAAGCUCGGGUGCCGCCACCCGACCUCGUCGGGGUCAGUGGAAAUUCCAGUUGCCAGCGCAACACACCGUACGACCACACGCAAACAGAUUGGCCGCACCGUCCAGAGCAGCCAUCGUCCCCUGGCACAAAUGAGCAGCAGCCUGCUGGCUCAAACAACCGCAUCGCCGCUGCCGUCCUUCCGCACAUAUCGGCAUACACGACUGCCUCCAUUGCUGCUACGCAGCCGCUCGUGCCCCCGACGCACCCUCCACAAGCGUUCAGGGAGCACCCGUAUCCGCAGCCUCUUCAGUCACACUACUCUACCAACCGGCCCAUCUGGUCACAGACUCUAGGCCAGAGUACUGGGACUUACGCAACCCAGUACGAGUCGGUACACCCAGCUCAGCCGCCCGUCUUUCACAUGGAGCAGCCCAGAGCUGGCCAAGAUGAACCCAUCAUGCCCUUUGGCAGGCAGCAUGGCUCCGGCUACGGCAUGUACUUGGUGAAUCAGGUCCCAAGGGGCUACACACCUCACACAGGGCCAGGUUAA